UUUGGUCUUUAAGAAAAUUAAACGCUCUCUGGAAUGUAUUGUUGAGAAAAAAAACAAUUUCAAAAAAGCCAUGCGCGCGCAUAUAAAUUUGUUUGACAGCAUUUGACAGUUGAGUUGAGUAACAUAACCUCAUUGUAAUUGUUUACAAACCUUGCAUAUUUAAGAAAACACUGAGCAAGUUCCUUAUUAAAUACUUUGUAAAACUCAAAGUAUGUCAUAUUUGGGAUCUCCUUACUCGAAUUCGUACAACCAAGACUACGAAUAUGAAGAUGAUAAUUUUGACGAUGAAGAUGAUCGUGAAAACGAAGAUCCUCAUGACGACAGUGAUGAAGAUACUGAAGAUGCCAGUGAAACAGACACUGGCCGUCAUGAAGAGCCCCUCGAAAUUAAAGAGCAAAUGUAUCAAGACAAAUUAGCGAGUCUUAAAAAGAAACUCCAGCAGCUGAGUGAUGGCAGUCAUCACGACUACAACAGAAAAGUGAAGAAACUUGAAAGUCAAUACAGGGAGCGGAUAAGAGUGAAUAUUUUGUACCGAGACUAUCGAAUUGAAUGUGUGGAGCGUGAAUAUAUUGCUGAAAAAAAAGCUGCAGCUAAAGAUUUUGAAGACAAAAAGAUUGAUUUGCGAGAGAAUUUAAUCUCAGAUUUGGAAGAUAAAAAAAGAACAAUUGAAGCAGAACGUUAUUCGAUUGAACUGACUGGAGACUCCAUGGAAGUUAAGCCAGUAAUGACAAGGAAAUUGCGUCGUAGACCAAACGAUCCAAUUCCUGUGCCUGAAAAACGGCGAAAAGCGCCUACAGCACAAAUCACUUAUCUUUUGGAUGAGAAAGAUAUUGAAAAUGACCUGAAAAUCAUCAAUAGGGGGAAAGUGCUGGCGCCUGUAAGGAAACCAAGUAUUGAUGAUAACAUUUCACUAUGUCCUGGCAAUCUUCAAAGUCCUUUGGCUGUUUCGCCAGGUCUUAAUGAUUUACCGUUAAUUGAGACGAGAAUUGAAGACGGAAAACUUCUCUAUGAAAAACGCUGGUUUCAUCGAGGUCAGAGUGUUUUUGUUGAAGGAAGGGAUUUGCCAAAAUUUCCUGCUAAUAUUUCUGCAAUAGGCAAUGACAUGAUAUGGGUGAAGAGAUCUGAUGGUAGUAAAGUUAAAAUCUACUUAUCAAGUUUGGCUCGGGGCAAAAUAUCAGUUAAAAGAAGAGCGUCCUAAAUAAUUAUGUAAAUAGUACUAUCGAGAAAAUAUCACGUUUGCUGCAGAAUUUAAGUGGAAAAUAUUUAGCAUUUUUUUAAUUACUACUAGGAAUUUCAUGUGAGCUGUAGUUUGUAAACAAUAAAUAAUUGAUAUGU